GCAGAAGGUAGGCGGCCCUCACCAACCCCAAUCCCACCUCCCGGACAGGGCCGCAACAAAAGCCUCCAGCGCUGCAUUCUUGCGCUAUCUCCCCACCGCUUCCCGGCCACCUCAGACCUUGAGCCGCGCACCGCCGCCGACCCCUCCCCGCACCCCAUAUGGCGCCGCCUUCCCGCCCCGUAGCCGUCCUCGCAUGGGGUUCGGGGGAAGACGGGCAGCUGGGCAUGGGCGGGUGCGACGAGAAGGACCGGGCCCGCUGCAUCUGCGCUCUGGAUGCGUACGCCGUCUCCGCCGUCGUAGCCGGCAGCCGCAACUCCCUCGCCAUAUGCGACGACGGCAGCCUCUUCACUUGGGGGUGGAAUCAGCGGGGAACGCUCGGGCACCCGCCGGAGACCAAGACAGAGAGCUCCCCGGCGCAUGUCGACGCCCUCGUCGGUGUCAAGAUCGUGCAGGCAGCGAUCGGCGGCUGGCAUUGCCUCGCGGUGGACGACAAGGGGCGGGCUUACGCUUGGGGGGGCAACGAGUAUGGGCAGUGCGGGGAGGAGCCUGAGAGGAAGGAAGAUGGCACAAGGGCUCUCAGGAGGGACAUCCCCAUCCCGCAGCGAUGCGCUCUCAAGCUCAAAGUUCGGCAAGUUGCUGCGGGUGGCACUCAUUCAGUGGUUUUGACACAAGAAGGUCAUGUUUGGACAUGGGGACAACCGUGGCCUCCGGGUGAUAUCAAAAACAUAUCUACGCCAGUACGUGUGCAAGGGCUUGAGCAAGUGAGCAUGAUUGCUGUAGGGGCAUUCCAUAAUUUGGCACUGUCAGUAGACAGAAUCUUGUGGGCAUGGGGUAAUAAUGAAUAUGGCCAGCUGGGGAUUGGAGAUACCCAACCGAGAUCACAACCAAUCCGUGUUGAAGGGCUAUCUAACCUUUCAUUGGUUGACAUUGCUGCUGGAGGUUGGCAUUCAGCCGCAUUAACUAAAGAAGGAGAGGUAUAUGCUUGGGGAAGAGGAGAACAUGGGAGGCUCGGCUUUGGGGAUGAUAAGAGCAGCCACAUGGUGCCACUACAGGUUCAGCUUCUAGCUGGAGAGGAUAUUGUUCAGGUAUCAUGUGGAGGGACCCAUUCAGUUGUGCUAACCAGUGACGGCCGGAUAUUCUCUUACGGGAGGGGCGAUCAUGGCCGUCUAGGCGACGGUAGGAAGGUGACUACGGGUCACCCAAUGGAAGUGCCCAUAAACUUGCCGCCACCAAAGACCAGCACCAGCUCCGAAGGGCUAUGGCAAGCGAACUACGUUGCCUGUGGCGGACGGCACACACUGGCCAUCGUGACAUGGACCGAUAUGUAACUAGGCAUAAUCACUGAGUGUAUGAAAUGAAAUUGUGGUAACAGUAAUGGAGAAUAAGAACUAGAAAUUGUGCACUACAGGCUUCGAUCGAAUGUUCAGAUUACAAAUUUUGUGCUGACUUUCCAAUGUUGUCAAUGGCGAAGAAAAUAAUUUCAAAAACAGCUUUCACUAAGCCAUCUCAAUUCCAGGACAUCGACCAUAUGUGAGAGAGCAGAAGCAGGCAGCGGCAUUGGUCAUAUGUGAGAGCAGCAGUGGCGCCCGUGAGACGCGGGAGAACAACAACAUGGGCGCCGUCUCUCGUCCACUUCCACAGGGGCACUGCGCGCCGUCUCUCGUCCACUUCCACAGGGGUGCUGCGAGUGCUUCCACAGGGGUGCUGCGAGUGCGAGCUGAGGCGGGAGACAUGUAAUGCCCCAAGUGUAACAUUGUCAUAUUUGAAAACCUUGCCAUGUUUGAAUCCAUGAUGUCAUGCUAGGAUGUUAUCAUUUCAUGUGAUCAUGUGGUUUAUUUU